AUGGAUGAUCCAAAUGCUGAUACAGAAUGGAACGACAUUCUUCGUGCUCGAGGAAUUCUUCCUCCAAAAGAGGGACCAACGGAAGAAGAGAUACUAGAAGCCAUGGACCAAGCUGUCAUGGAAAAACAAGAUAAGCAUCUGGAUGAUAAAACAUUGGAUGAAUUAGAUGAGUUGGAAGACGAAGAGGAUGAACAUGUAUUAUUGGAAUAUAGACAGAGAAGGAUAGCUGAAAUGAAGGCUGAAGCCUUACGUGCUAAAUUUGGUGAAGUAAUUCAAAUAUCGAAACCUGAUUUUGUAAGAGAAGUAACCGAUGCUAGGCUCGAAGAUUAUUUAAUUUCUUCAGGUGCUAUCG